AUGAAAAACCGGGUAAAUCCAUUCGAAGAUGAUGAAGGGGAACAUGAAAAUGAGUUGAAAUUGAAAGAUUUGCAUUUGUGUAGUGAUGCGACGAACUGGAUUGAUUUUGCAGGAACGCGAUUUAGCUUUACUAAUCAGUAUCGCAAUAUUCCUUCACUUAAAUUGAAGCAAGCUGUUCAUUUUGCCGCUUGCUCGUUUUCUGGACCAAUUGCACUUGCCUAUGCUCAAAAUACGUUAACAUGGUUUGUUACAAUUCAAACAUGCAGUGGUCGAAUUCUCAAACACAAAUUGGAAGUGCCUGAUGCUUUUUCGAUUGAAUGGACUAAAGGGCAUUGCCUUCUCGUUUUGGAUACAAAAGGCCACGCAACAAUUUAUUCGGCACUUGGAGAACUAAUAUCGGAAAUCUAUUUUAGCAAGAAUAUCCGAGAAGUGCGCGCGAGCCGAAUGUUCACGACAUCCCGAGGUGAUAGUGGAAUCGCAAUUUUGGAUGAUGAAAAUCGCAUUUUUGUGGUCAAUUCGGUUUCGGAGCCAAUUGUGUGGUCAAUUAACGCGCCAUCGAAAGACGAUCCAUCGUCUUGGGCAGCUUUUCAGCCCCAUUCAAGACUAACACAUGUCCUUCUUAUCUAUGGAUCCCAAUUUUACAUGGGAUCUCAAGGUGAACAAGUUACGAUUCAACCCCAAGCUGCUAGUUGGGCUAAGAAUUCGUGUGAUUAUGUACAGAGUGUUCUUAAUGAGGAUCGAAGUCGAAUUGUUCUACUUACGAAUACAUCAAUUAUACAGAUAGUGUCCGUUGAUUUGGAUCAUCUUUUCAAUACAAUUGUCGUCGAUAAUUAUGAUCUAUCACAUUGUUUUUCAUUCGGAUGGAUGACCUCAACGGCUGUUUUCGCACAAAUCUCACCGGAGCAGCUGCUAUUUAUUAGUACAAGCACCAGUAAUCCGGAAUUACAAGAUUCUGAAAGGGUUUACGAAGAGCGAACGGGAUUCGCGAGGAUUAACGUUGAGCCGGAUGGAAUUCGGAUAUUUGAGAAUACAAAAAUCACAUUUGCAUCAGUUGCGAGCCGGCCACAACGAGCUGUGCUAGGAGUGGCUUCUUCCGAAGACGGGGCCCUCCUAUACGAAGCAGCGAAUUAUCUCAACGGACCAUCGAGUCAUUUGGCUUUUGAGUAUGCUUCGCAAGUUCAGGACGCAAACUCUGCCAUUGAUGAUUGUAUCAUUACGGCUUGCGAAUCGUGGGAACCGCAAAUGCAAAAGAAGUUGUUGACGGCGGCGAGAUUCGGAAUGGCCUUCACAACGACACCGUUUAAUACGGAGAAAAUGAGAAAAGCAAUCAAGGAUCUGCGGGUGCUCAAUGAGCUGCAUGCGAGUAGAACUGGUCUGCCAAUCACUCACAAACAAAUGCAAAUAAUUGGAGAAUCGUGCCUUAUUAACCGACUAGUCGACAUGGGAUCAUACAGUGUUGCCAUUAAAGUUGCGGGAUGGUUGUGCGGAGAAACUAGCGAGAAUGUCGAUCGAGUACUACUCGAAUGGGUUCGAAGGGCUAUUCAGAAGGCGGCGAAUAGCGAGCAGAGAUUCGAUAAGGAGGCGAUUGAGGCUCUUGAAAUGAAAAUAUCGAAUAAGUUAAUGCAAUUUCCACAUGUAUCAAUUGCAGAUGCCGCAAAACGUGCAAUAGAAGCGAAACUCCCUCAACUAGCAAGAUUGUUCAUUAAACGCGAAACUGAUGAUUCCAAUCACGUGUCUGUUCUUCUCGAACUUGGCGAUGUUGGGGCUGCUCUUGAACGAGCUGCUGCUGCUCAAAGGCCUCAACUUGUUCAUCAAGUCAUUCGAUAUUUGAUGGCGAAUCGAAAAAGAGCUGACUAUGAGCUCGCGAUCAGCAAGAUCCCACUUGCUCAGUGUCUCUAUCAAGAUCUCAUUCGGCAAGAAGGCGAGAAUCGGACGACGGCAAGGAAAAUGUUGGCGUUGCUCGAACAGGAGAGCGAUUUUGAACGACAAACAUUGUAUCAUUUCGAUGUUGCCGAAACGGAAAGAAACCCUUCUGAGAGACUGUUCGCUGUUCGACGAGCGCGAGAUGCGGCGAAAAGUAUGGGCGAUAGGGGCAUUGAGGAGAUAUUGAACGAUGUUGCUUCAUUUGCUCCUUCUCAAAUUGAACGAGGACAAGCUGAUCUAUCCGUCCGGGAUACUGUAAUCGAAUUGGCCCAUGAUACGGCGAAAGUAGCACAAUUGAAGCAUCAGGCAAGACUCACUGAUAAGCAAGUUUAUCUUUGGACCAUUGAAGGGCUUGCUAAAAAAGGAAAAAUGGAGCAGUUGUUCGAUUUGGCCCAAAAGAAAUCGCCGGUUGGCUACGCGCCAUUUGUGAAGGCGUGUGUGCGGUACAAACGAAGCGAGGAAGACAUUCGAAAAUAUAUGGCCAAAGUCAAUGGAUAUCAGGAUCUUGUUGCUGCAAAUCUCGCAUUAAAACGCUUCACCGAAGCGGCGAAAUUGGCGUAUGAUCGAAGAGAUAUUGACAUGCUUCAUUCGAUUUAUCUGAAAUCGCACGAAGACAGAGCUCAAUAUGAGAAAUGUGCGACAAUUUAUCGAACCGCAGCGCACAAUUGA